AUGGUCCUGGGACUCCUUGCUGUCCUGCCAUACACCCCCUUCUAUCUCCUGACCAGUGCUGUAUGGCUGAAGCAAUGUCAAUAUGCCUGCCAAAGGCAGUGCACCGAUCAACACAUGUGUUACACCCACAUACAAAUGACUCUUCAUGGAUUGAACUCUUUGUCCUUACAGAUGUUAGAAAUAGUGUACUGCAAUGGCAGCAAUGCAUCAUGUAAAGCUGCAUGGAUAAAAUUCACUUUAGUCUCCAGGCAGAACAAGACACGGGCAGCUGCCUUGCCUGCUGUUACUGCUAUCCCCACUGCCUCUGCUGCUAUUCCUGCUGCUGCUGAUUUCUCCACUGCUGCUGCUAUCCCUGCUGCAAUCCCUACCACUAUUCCCACCGUGAUCCCUGCUGCAGCAGCAGCUAAUUCCACUACCCUUCAAAACCCCCAUUGGCAACAGCUUCCUGUUAGAUACAGAACCAGUGAUGCAGCUCAUACUGGUCCAGAUGAGGGUGAGGUCUUUGACCUCGACAAUGUCUCAGGGGAUGAAGAGGAACCAGGAAAUCUUCCUGUGCCUGUCAUCACUAUGGCACCUCACUGUUCGCACUGA